AGAAAAUGGUCAUUUUAGGAAUUGGCACUGAUAUCGUCAAGAAUCAGAGAAUCCAGCACAUCUUGAGGAGACACCCAGCUAGGUUUUUACAGAAGGUUCUUCAUCCAACUGAGAUUAAGCAGUUUGAGAGUAAAUAAGGAUGAUGGACAAAUCUCAAGGCAAUGCACUGAAUUUGUAGCAUCACGAUGGGCUUUAAAGGAAGCUAUGGUAAAAGCUACUCAAAAUAGGUCUUUAAUCUUCUCUGGCAUGUAUCUUUACAAGCCGCAUCUAGAAUCUGCUGAAUCAGCAACUCCAAACGAUAAAAUCCAAGUAAAAAUAGAUCACCCAAAGAACCAAGAAAUCCUAGAUUCCCUAGGUGUCAGGUCAAUUCAUAGCAGUAUCAGUCACGAGGAUGACUACUCAAUUGCGUUUGUGGUGCUCGAAAAGUAAU